AUGGGUGAACCACUCGACAAAGGUUGUAUCGCAUGCGGGUGGACACUUGACAAAGAAAAACGGUGCCAUUAUACUAGCCACCUCAAACUCUUCUACGGCGCAUCUACGCGGGGCGUCUGGUCCAUCGGUUCAGAUGUGAUUCUGAAAGAUCGGCCCGACGAGGGUCCAAAAUCAAAAGUUGAAGUCAAAACAUUGAACCAUCUAGCGACCUAUACCGACGUCCCCGUCCCAAAGGUUUUACGUGACUGGGUCGAUCGCGAUGGGCGAUACUUCAUUUUAAACGAACGUAUUAGUGGUCAAACGCUCGAGGAGGCAUGGCCUUCUUUGUCAGAACCCCAAAAGAUAGAUAUCGCGGAUCAAGUCGUCAAAUAUAUCGAUCAAAGUCUAUGCUAUCCGAGCUUACUGUUUUUCGAUCUUGAGCCCCACGGACCGUUUCACUCCGACCAAGAGCUCUGGGAUGCCCUGGCCCUUAACCUUCGCCAUCUCCCUCAACAAGUACUAGGGAACUUGAAGACGCGCCUACCAGAGUGCGAGCCCUAUGUGCUCACUCAUUGCGAUCUCAAUUUAGGGAAUAUCAUGGUCCGAAACGGAAAGGUUGUCGGUAUACUUGACUGGGAAUACGCUGCCUUUUUUCCUAUUUGGUAUGAGUAUGUUUCGGCCUCUUUUGGAUUUACAGACAUGGAUGUCAAAUGGAAAAAGUUGCUCCGGGAGCGCUUAAGCGUACAUGGCGAGGCUCACGAAAAUGCCAAGGCAUUUUGGACGGAUAUGUGUAAUCUAAGACAAUACCCGAAUCUGGAUGAGAAAGGUCAAGAAACCUUAGAGAGACUGUCUUAG